AGCGAGACUUUAAAUUUAGCUAUCUGUAGUGGUUGAACACCACCUGCUACUUGUCUCUGUCUUGCAGAUGAGGAAUGGCAGCUGGAGGACAGAAGCAACGCUACGCUCUACGUGGAUACUGGCUGCAUGCAGCUGUUGGCCAACACCAUGGACCAUCCCACGUGUCCACUGGAAGAGCUGCCACUGGAGGCCAUGGAGCAGCGCGAGCGGUGCCGCGUGCAGCUGUGGAAUGACAUGGUGCAGAGGUCGCCCUACUUACCCGUCACCAGCUACCUGGCCUACACGCAGAGGGCAAACGUCAAGCUCUGUCUACUGGCCUGGAUGGCUGCCAACUCGCGCGGCAUUUGUCAGGACGUCCUCUUUAGUAUGAUACAGUCCGUGCACGAUGCUCGCUGCUACUUCGAUAGUCCUGAUGACCUAUCGUGUCUGGAAUCGAACGAUACAGAUGCAAUCUGUUCCGUUUCCAGAGCUAUUCUGUUGCUAAAGUGUCGCGAUUUUUCAUUCCUUCAGCCGCACAACAUAUGUACUGUCGAUCUUUACAAAAAUGGAUCAUACUCAGCUGUAUCCAAAGGAAAGUGGCUAGUAGAGACCGACAAAUGGUUUGGAAAGGCAACAGAAAGAACACUGAGAUAUAAAGACAGUUUAAAUAGUGCCACUUUUAAAUACAAGGAUUUUAGAAUCGACAGCUUAAAAUCUUUAGAAAUUUCAUUUAUAGCGGAAUCGCGUGCCAGUUUCUGCUGAUGUUGAAACAUGUGGUGUAUCUGCGUCGUCUCCUCCAUUCGUAGAGGCGUAUGUUCCAGAGGGUUCCGAUGAAUUAACGGAGACGUCGCCUGUUAUUCUGCCUCUAGAGUAUUCUAGUGCUGUACCAUCCCUUCCUCAUUCUGAUACAGUGGAACAAGAUGUUACUAUGGAUUGUGUCCUGGGUAAUCAGAAGACGCAGAGGUAAUCUAUUGAUGAGAGUUCUGGCGCAAAGAGCAUUUUGGAGUAAAAUUUACAGGUUGCAAACGGAGAAUUCAAUUUUGCAGUUUUACCCAACCUAAUUCUACAUAAAUACAACGAAAACAAAAUGGCAAUCAAACCUGACCUAUUUAUGAACUUAGCAAACUAUAGUAAAGGAAAGUUUAAUUUCAUUAAAAAAGCAUACAAAAAUUUUUAAAUUUAUUCAAAUUUAAUAACAUGAA